AUGACCGAGCGUACAACUAUUAAGCUGCCGGAUACGGACAACACAAGCCUGAAGUGUGCCGCUCGAAUCUUGGCCCACGAAUGCGCGGAUGCCAAUUUGGAAUUUAUGCGAUGCAAGCAGCGCGAUGCCAACCCGCGCGCUUGCCUCGUACAAGGCGAGAAGGUCACGGCCGCUGUGCUCAAAACGCUUCGUGAGGUGGAAACUCACUGUGGUGAGACGUACUCGGCGUACAAGAAGGCCCUCAAGCAAAACUGGCAUCGAAUUGACGAGACGCGAAAGGAGCAGGCUGCGUUUGAAGACUGCUGGCGACAGUAUAAGGGCUACAAUAAAACUCAGGCGGAAAAUUAA